AAACAAGUGGUAUACUCCAGAGCAAUCUAAUAGACAAUACUUGUUCAUCAUUUUCUCCAAAAUCUCUUCCAUUUCAUACACAAAAAACCAGUUUUAGUUACAGAGAAGAAGGGAGGAGGAAGAAGAAGAAGAAUAAGCCAUGGAUCAGUUAAAACCAAGCCCACCAAAUUCCAGCCCACUAACCCCUCUCACCUUCUUGGAGAGAACCGCCACCAUCUACGGCGACUCCACCUCCCUUAUCUACAACUCCGCCGUCUACACCUGGUCCGCCACCCAUCUCCGGUGCCUCCGCCUCGCUUCCGCCAUCGCCUCCCUCGGAAUCCGCCGAGGUCAGGUGGUCUCUGUUCUCGCGCCCAACAUCCCUGCUACGUACGAGCUCAAUUUCGCCGCCCCCAUGGCCGGAGCCGUCCUCAACUCCGUCAACCUCCGCCUCGACGCCCGGACCGUCUCCGUGCUCCUCCGCCACUGCGAGUCAAAGCUGGUGUUCGUUGACUGCCUCUCCGUCGCUCUCAUCCGCGAUGCUCUGUCCAUGUUUCCGCCGGAAUCGCCGCGCCCUCUCUUGGUCCUAAUCGAAGACGGCGAGUUCCCGGUGACCGGCCGGCGGGAUGAAUUCGUUGACACCUACGAGGGUAUGAUCGAGAAAGGAGACCCCGGGUUCAAUUGGAUCCGGCCGGAGAGCGAGUGGGAUCCGAUUGUCCUGAAUUAUACCUCCGGGACGACCUCCGCCCCAAAGGGGGCGGUGCACAGUCACCGGGGAGCUUUCAUCGUGGCGGCGGACUCCCUGAGCGAAUGGGGGGUGCCGAAAGAGCCCGUGUACCUCUGGACGCUAGCAAUGUUUCACGCCAACGGCUGGAGCUACACCUGGGGGAUGGCGGCGGUGGGGGCCACCAACGUCUGUCUCCGGAAAUUCGACUCGGCCGUCAUCUACGCCGCCAUUCGAAACCACAAUGUGACGCACAUGUGCGGCGCGCCGGUGGUGCUCAACAUGCUAUCGAGCUCGCCGGACCAAAAACCCCUGUCUCGCCCUGUUCACAUCAUGACCGCCGGAGCGCCGCCACCGGCGGCGGUGCUGUUGAGAACGGAAUCCCUCGGGUUUAUCGUCACCCACGGGUAUGGACUCACCGAAACUGGCGGUCUGGUAGUCUCCUGCACCUGGAAGAAGAAAUGGAACAGGUUCCCGGCGGAGGAGAGGGCAAAAUUGAAGUCAAGACAAGGGGUGAGAACCAUCGGAAUGACGGAAGUCGGGGUGGUGGAUCCCGACUCCGGCAUUAUGGUUAAGCGAGAUGGAAAAUCCCUCGGAGAAGUCGUUUUACGGGGCGGGGCCAUCAUGCUCGGUUACCUAAAAGACCCCGAAGGAACCUCGAUGUGCAUGAAAAACGGGUGGUUCUACACAGGGGACGUCGGGGUGAUGCACCCCGACGGGUACCUGGAAGUCAAAGACCGGUCAAAGGACGUGAUCAUCAGCGGCGGAGAGAAUCUGAGCAGUGUGGAGGUGGAGUCGGUGUUGUACGCCCACCCGGCGGUCAACGAGGCCGCGGUGGUGGCCCGUCCAGACGAGUUCUGGGGCGAGACGCCUUGCGCUUUUGUGAGCAUCAAGGCGGGAGUGAAGAAGAAGCCCACGGAGAAAGAGAUCGUGGCAUUCUGUAGAGACAGAAUGCCACAUUAUAUGGUCCCGAAAACAGUAGUGUUUCGGGACGAUCUCCCCAAGACGUCUACGGGGAAGAUUCAGAAGUUUGUUCUUAGGGAGAUGGCCAAAGCCAUGGGCAACUCCAGGUUGAGCAAAAUUUGAAGUUAAGUGUCCGAUGUUAAUCCAUGGCUGUUUUUUCUUUACUCAAUGAUAUACCUUCGUCUCAUAAUUUUCUACAAUUUCAUUUUAUUAAAAAUUAAACUUCUUAUACACUGACCGCCGUUUGGAUGAAGAGAAAUUGGAAGGAAAGAAAAGAGAUGGAGAGAAAACACAAUUUAUUAUGUAUUUUUUCUUGUUUGGUUGCAAUAGAAAAUUGGGGAAGGAAAGAAGAAGUAAGGCGGGAAGAUGAAAAAUUUUCUUUCCCCUCCUAGGCGAGAAAACUCCAGUGUUGGAGAGAAAAUUAAAUAAAUUACACAUUU